GAAUUCCCCCAACUUCUGGCUGCAGCAAGGAAUGGCUUCUGCAGUAGCAGUGGCAGUAACAGCAGCAGCUUCUCCGCUCCCCACCCCUCCCAACCCCCACUCCAAACCCACCACAAUUACCUCCUCUUCCCACUCCUUGCGACCUCCUCCUCCUUCUCCUCUCAAUCGACCCAAGAAGCAGAAGCAGCAGCAGAAGCAGAAGCCCUCAAUUGCGGAGAUCGAGAGGGCCAUCGGCGUCGGCAGUGACCCGACCUCAUCUUCUUCAUUGUCGUCAUCAUCUUCGUCGUCGUCGUCGUCCUUUAUGGAGUUCUUGGCGUCGACGCCGAUCGGGCAGGCCGAGAGCCCCGCCGAGCGGAAGCUCCGCGAGGCCGCCGAGUGGCUCGUCGACCGCACCGAGGCGCACGCUAGCAAUGGGCAGCGAAUUCUCAUGAUGGUUUGUCUGAAGAUCUUACCUGUGUGGAUCCUGCUCCUCUUAGUUGCAUCUGGGGUUGUAAGGCUCCCAUUCCACGUCCCAUUUGUCGAUGACCUGCUCUCUUGAACCAUCAUCAUUAAGAGUUAAUUUUUCCUUUUCAUGCUGUUUUUUGAAUAAUUGUAACUUGUACAUACUACAAAGUCAUCUGGGAAUUAAAGUAGAUGUUCUCGGAACUGCGAAAUUUACUUCUUUCACACUUAUGUAUUACAAAUGGCUGUGAGGAGGAAGUUUUCCACAAUAUUUUGGUGGCCAUUUUAGAUUUUUUUUUUUUU